UAUUAAUCUUGUUCAUUUGUUGUGUACUGCAUUACAACAAUAUGAAAACACUAUGAAAACUUAAAUUCAGCACUAUUAGUAAUGAUAAUAAAAAACAACUUCCAACUUCUGUAACAAAAAAUAUCAAUUAAUAUUUAUUAUUAGUUAAUGCUUAUCACAUCAAUGUCAUUUGCUAAAUUUAAAAGUGUUAGGCAUAUAUAUAUGAUAGAUAUCAUAACACGUAGUUUAUCGUAACAUACGUAAACACGUGACUAAAUUUGAUCUUAAUGUAAAAAUUGUACAGUGUAGGUACAAGAAGAAAAUUAACGGUUUUUGGAACAAUUAUACUUAAGCUUUUGUUCACGUUAAUAUUUAUCUCACUGAUUCGUUAUGGACUUUGGAAUAAGUAUAUUUCAUAAAGCCAAUUGUAGAAAUUAUUGCCUCAGACUCGCAAACACAUCUAAACGGCCAAGACGUGCGUGAAAUAAUAAAAGUUGGUUUUCUCGAUGUUACAAACGCAUUACUAUUACACAAAAUUAUAGUUAUAUUUAAAAUGUUUAAAACUGAAAAAUAAUUUUAUAUUUUUAUUUGUGAAUAGAUAUUCUUGAUAUUAAAAAUAUUUGAUAAUAAUUUUAAAAGAGAAUCAUGCAAGAAGUGAAGGUGUUAGAUGGUGGAUUUUCUACACAAUUAGCAACUCAUGUUGGUGAUAUAAUAGAUGGUGAUCCUUUAUGGACUGCACGAUUUCUUGUUACAAAUCCUAAUACAGUUAUUUCUACGCAUUUGGAUUUUUUAAAAGCUGGAGCAGACAUAAUUCAGACAAACACUUAUCAAACAUCUGUUGAUGGUUUUUCAAAGUAUAUGAAUCUUUCAGAAGAGGAAGGUCUUAAUUUGUUUUCUAAAGCUGUAGAUUAUGCUAAAGAAGCUAUAAAUUUAUACAAAGAUGAGAUAAAAAAUAAAAGAAAUGUUAUAAAUGCAAAUCCAUUAAUUGCUGGAUCAGUUGGGCCUUAUGGAGCCUGUUUGCAUGAUGCUUCAGAGUAUACUGGAAAAUAUUGCUCAACAGUGUCAGAAGAAAUUCUUAUGAAUUGGCACAGACCACGUAUUCAAAAAUUAAUAGAAAGUGGCGUUGAUAUGUUAGCUAUAGAAACAAUUCCAUGCAAGCAAGAAGCAAAAGCACUGGUUAAAUUAUUGAAAGAGUUUCCAAAUAGUAAAGCUUGGUUGUCUUUCUCAUGUAGCUACGAUGGAAAGAGCAUAGCAGAUGGCUCUCAUUUUCAGGACAUAGCACUAUGGUGUUACAAGGAAGCCUUGCCAGGACAAAUUUUAGCAAUUGGAGUUAAUUGUAUCGCACCACAAAAUGUAACUUCUUUAUUAAAGGGAAUAAAUGAAAAUUGUAAACAAGACUUUAUACCACUAGUAGUAUAUCCUAAUAGUGGUGAAAAGUAUACAGUAGAUCAGGGUUGGAUGAAACAAGGAGAAGGAUAUUCUUUACAGGAAUUUAUACACGAAUGGCUUGAUUUAGGUGUUCGAUACAUAGGUGGAUGUUGUAGAACAAAUGCUGUAGAUGUGAAGAAAAUACGAGCAGAGGUAGAAAAAUGGAAAAGUAAUUAAAUGUUGAAAUUCUAUUACAUAUAUUGCACAUUUACACUACAGGAUAAAAAUAAAUCCUUAAGAAUA